UUUCUGUGCAGAUCAUAACUCAUCAUGGACAUUGUGGCGACGCUGCGAUUGAUUGAUGAACUGCCAAAUCGCACGGCACACUCACAGCUCAAAUAUGCUGUCUAAAAUCAGGGAGGCCGUGCUGUGAACGUUCGAAAGGAACCCUCACAGGCCCCACAACUAUUGGGAUUUUUUCGAUAUUUUCGUUUGGAGUCAACAUAUUCCCCAUCUCGUUGCAAUAGGAUGCCAAAUUCGUCAGUGAUCAGCAGGGUGAACGCGGGUUUGGCCCGCUGUUUGAGCCACCAUCGGCGUUUGUGUCGCGGCAUUGCCGAGCUGGAACGCCUCAUCCACAACGAUGGCUUUCUGAAGGAUCCCCGCACUCAGUGGCUGCUCCACCAGCGACGUCAAACGGAGGAGGAGCAGGCCAAUGCCGAUGCCAGGGUCAGUCCUUUGGGCAGAAUGGGCUGUGAAGUGGGUCGUUUGCUGGGUGCGUCCAACAUAAAACUGCCCCCGCCAUCCGGCAAGAAUAAUCUCGUCGUGACCCGCACCUUCUGCCAAAUCCUUCAAGUCGAGAACACCACACCCAGAAAGCAGCCAGGACCCAUGCCAGCUCCAACUCCACUGCCAUCGCCAGAAAGAAGACACAGUAUCAUGUUCAGUGGCAGAAUGCCUCGUCCUGAAACGAAAGGAUCCUGCUCCAAAGGCUCCAGCCAAAGUGGUUAGGAAUGAGAUGCCAAAGAGAUGCGCUACCAAGUCUGGCAGAGAUCUAUGAUGUGUAUAGAUCUGUGCAAGGCUUGAGAGAGUUAUCUUUAGGAGGAUGUCUCUGUGGAAAUCGCCCAGCAACGACUGAAUUUAUAUCCCACACAACUGGAGCAACUGAAGCAGCAGGAGGAUGAGGAGCACAAGGAGGAGGAGGUGUUGCCCCGUCCGUCGUUCAGUAUCCGUGCUGCUCUCGUUAUUGUUAUGAAUAAGUUAAUAACAUGGCGGAAGGCUUCUUUUGUCGUGGCCCAAACAAGCAACAACCUGGCAGGCAGCGCUUAUUAAAUGAUUGAAGCCUUUGGUGGGGCGAGUUGUUGGUGCUGCAGGAACUUCGACUUGGCUCUUGCUCUUGCUCUUGCUCUGGGUCUUGGUGUUGGUGUUGGUCUUCCAGUUGGACUCAAGCUGGGGGCCCCCAUAAAAAAGGUGGAAACCUGGUUCUCGUUUCUUGAUCUUUUUUGGUUUUUUUUGUUUUUUGUGCUUUUUUUGCCAGCUCUUUUGAGCGCUGCUGCUUUGUGGUUUUUUCCCUUUGCGUCCAGCGUCCAGUGUCCAGCGUCCAGUGUCCAGAGUCCAGCGACCACCAUCAAUAACAGAGCCCGGGCCAUAUUUAUGAUUUGUUAAGCAACGCCGAACGUGCGAAAGGAUAAUCACAAGCGCCUGCUGGCACGCCCCCCUUC